CAUAAGAACACUGUGUGGGCUGUUUUGUUCUGUCUCUUUACUGUGCUUAAGACUCUUUGCAGGUCUCUCCCCUAAUGAAGAGUAGUGAGCAGCUGAUUGGACCGUGGAACACGUGACCGCGUUCAAAAAGCCGCUCUGACAGCUCCCGCCAGAGAGAGAGAGAGAAGCGAGCGAGCGAGCAGUUUGACAGCCGGUCCUGGGCUGGCCCUGGUUUCCAGCCUAUACUUUUGCUGUGUGUUUGUGUGAGCGUGUUCUGUGAGAGCCGCUCCCCGUGUAUUAACUUAGUGUUUGGGCACCCAUAGCCUGAAGCGGAAGGGGUGAGCCGCCUUUUUCUUUGGAACCGCUUUCUCCUGUUUUUCGGGUUAGGGAGCGAGGGCUGCUCUGGCAGGAGGGACCACAAUGAUCCUGGACUUUGUCAUCCCCCAGAAGGGCAAGUCUCUUCUCGAGGCUCAUGACCGCUGGCGUGAGAUGGCUGAUCCCAAAGUUUGCUGCGACUAUUCGUUGCACGUUGCGGUCACAUGGUGGAGUGACAAGGUCAAGAAAGAGAUGGAGACUCUGGCCAGAGAGAAAGGAGUAAAUUCCUUCAAGAUGUUUAUGGCCUAUAAAGAUGUGUUUAUGCUGCAGGAUUCUGAGCUAUAUGCUGCUUUUGCUCAGUGUAAGGAGGUCGGAGCCAUAGCUCAGGUUCAUGCUGAGAAUGGAGAUUUGAUUGCAGAGGGGGCUAAGAAGAUGCUGUCCAUGGGCAUCACAGGACCAGAAGGCCAUGAACUGUGUCGGCCAGAAGAGGUGGAGGCCGAAGCCACCCAGCGAGCUAUCACCAUCGCCCAUGCUGUCAACUGCCCGCUCUAUGUGGUUCAUGUCAUGAGUAAAUCUGCCGCCAAGGUUGUGUCUAACGCACGCAGAGAUGGGCGUGUAGUGUUUGGGGAGCCAAUUGCAGCUGGGUUGGGCACUGAUGGUACCCACUAUUGGCACAAAGAUUGGGCCCAUGCUGCUGGCUUUGUCCUGGGUCCUCCACUUAGACCUGACCCUAGCACACCUGGGUACCUUAUGGACCUGCUAGCUAAUGAUGAUUUAAGCGUGACAGGGACGGACAACUGCACCUUCUCUGUGUGCCAGAAAGCCCUGGGCAAGGACGACUUCACCAAGAUCCCUAACGGUGUGAACGGUGUCGAGGACAGAAUGUCUGUCAUCUGGGAAAAAGGAGUGCAUAGUGGCAAAAUGGACGAGAAUCGAUUUGUGGCUGUCACCAGCAGCAACGCAGCAAAAAUCUUCAACUUCUACCCGCAGAAAGGCCGAAUUGCCAAGAACUCGGAUGCUGAUGUGGUUAUAUGGGACCCAAGGAUGACCAGGAAAAUAUCAGCCAAAACUCAUCACCAGGCUGUGGACUACAACAUCUUUGAGGGUAUGGAGUGUCAUGGGGUACCUGUCAUCACCAUCUCCAGAGGCAAAGUGGUGUAUGAGGAUGGGCAGCUGAAGGUGUCACCAGGACAUGGCCAGUUCAUCCACAGAAAACCAUUUUCUGAGUUUGUUUACAAAAGAAUCAAGCAGCGGGAGCAGGUGAGGAAACCUACAGCUGUGACCAGAAAGCCCUAUGAAGGCAAAGUCAUUUCUGUCUGAACAUAUACCUGAGAACAUAAAGGGCACCUUAAAUCUCCAACAGUGCAACCCAGAAGCUACCCAAUGCACAAACAACGGGUGUUUUCUUAAAGACAACCUUCUUUGGAGUAGCUUUUUGCAUUUCAAGCCUAUGAGGGUUAUAACAUGUUGAAUUUCUGCCUGAGUCAAUGCUCUGCUGGAAGAGGAAACUGAGUCACAUACAGCUGUAUCUGCAGUCAGCUCUGUUGAGUACACAGAUCACAAAAACCAACUCUGCUGCUGCAAACUAUACAUUUUUUUUCUAACACCAUUAUGUAAUAAUGCAACUCACCAUAAGAAAUGCAUAUCAGGCUUAUGCAUGAGUUCCUGGUUAGUAAAUGAAAAGUCUCUGAUUAGAAAAAAAAGACAAUUUCACUGUAUAUUGUGUUCUGUGCUCUAAAACAAUAGUAAAUCAACAUUUAUAGUUGUGUGUAAUUAUGAGUUUACUUCUUCACAGCAUGUUUUUGCAUUUUUUACCCCCAUCUUCUAAAAUGCCAGUUGCCAUUGGUAACAGAACUGUCUCUCACCCAAAAGCAUCCUCUCCCUUUGAUGAAAUACUCAUUAAAAUACACUGACAUGCA